CUGCAGGACCGCUCGGGAUUUUGUGGGGCGAGACUGGGGGUCGUGAAGGACCUUCGGAGCCUCGAACAGACCUGGGAGGAACUACCAGGGUCCGCCGUCCCCCGGGGAGCUUAGCAAGAUGUCUCCGUGUUGUGGGAAUGAGAGGCACACUGUGAGGGCUGCGGGUUCUCCGGGCCUGUUUCCUCGAAAAUGAGCCCCUGGAAGGCGGCAGCGUGUCCCAGAUGCCUGUGGCCGAGGGCAAGAGUGUCCAGCAGACUGUGGAGCUCCUUACCCGAAAAUUGGAGAUGCUUGGGGCAGAGAAGCAAGGAACAUUUUGUGUGGACUGUGAGACCUACCACACAGCUGCCUCUACCCUUGGCAGCCAAGGUCAGGCUGGGAAGCUGAUGUAUGUGAUGCACGACUCAGAGUAUCCUUUGAGCUGCUUCGCCCUCUUUGAGAAUGGCCCUUGCCUUAUUGCUGACACCAACUUUGAUGUGCUCAUGGUGAAGCUCAAGGGUUUUUUCCAGAGUGCCAAAGCCAGCAAGAUUGAAACCCGGGGUACCCGUUACCAGUACUGUGACUUCCUAGUGAAGGUGGGCACGGUCACAAUGGGGACCAGCGCCCGGGGCAUCUCUGUGGAGGUGGAGUAUGGCCCCUGUGUGGUAGCCAGCGACUGCUGGAGCCUGCUGCUUGAGUUCCUGCAGAACUUUCUAGGCAGCCACACUCCUGGGGCUCCCACAGUGUUUGGAAACAGACACGACGCUGUGUAUGGCCCGGCGGAUACUAUGGUCCAGUACAUGGAACUCUUCAACAAGAUCCGCAAGCAGCAGCAAGUGCCGGUGGCUGGGAUCCGUUAGUGGUUGGCAGCUGCCUGGCUGAGCUCUGCCCUCAAGGGGACUCAAGGGGACUCCGUAGGAAAGCAAGUGCUGCACCCGCAGGCCUCUGGGCCCCAGGAGACCAGGGCAGUCGGGAAGGCUUCUCUCUCCUCCAGUUACCAGCUGUGGGUUUUGUUCUGGGAUGCUUCUCCCCGACCCUCACACACAGUCCCCCAACAGCUGUCUCGCCCCAAGCCUUACUGGACUGGGCGUAUCAUGGAGAAUGGUAAUUAUGAAGAAUGGAGAAUUUUGGACCUUUCCUGCUUUAGGGGAAAAGGUAGGACAGGGGUGUCCCUGCCUAGUGUUGAUGGGAAAGCAGUCUGCAUCUCCAGCUAUCGAAGAGUUGGCCUCACCCCACAAAUGGACAGGCUGCGUCCUGUGUUUGGACUGUGCUAUAAUAAAGGCCUCUUCCUUUACUCAAA